AGUAAAGCCAAACAUCGCGAUCUCCAGAUUUGCCGUGCUGUUUUAUUACGCGGUUUGUAUAUACGGUUCCCUUGAUUAAUAGCGUGCCUUUUUUGCAUCUAAAUUACCACACAACGAUCGUUAAGCAGCCCAGCCUUCGCUGAACUUUGCCAGUGCAGAGAGAUAAACGGACUGUUUGCAACCCAGUGUACGUCCAGCCAGGGUGUGAGCAUUCGCAUAUUUUGUCUUAAUUUCGUGUCCGCUAUGCAUCGUGUCGUGAAAUCAGCAAGCAUUUUCCGUGCUUUGGCCGCCUCGGUUCGGAAUUAUUCGGUGCCGGCACCUAAAUCAUCCCCCGAGAUUCUCUACACAGGGAUCUUUAUCAACAAUGAGUGGCACAAAAGCUCGACCGGCAAGACCUUUCCUACGAUCAACCCGUCCAACGAGCAGGUGAUCGCGGAGAUCCAGCAGGGCAGCAAAGCCGACAUCGAUCAGGCGGUUGUAGCGGCCAGAGAUGCUUUCAAGCUGGGCUCACCAUGGCGUCGUAUGGAUGCUUCGAAGCGUGGCCAACUGCUGUACCGUCUGGCGGAUUUGAUGGAGCGCGAUCGGGUGUACCUAGCGAGCUUGGAAACGCUGGACAAUGGCAAACCGUACUUCAUGUCGUACAACGUCGACGUCCCGAUGGCGAUCAGCAACUUGCGCUAUUACGCUGGCUGGGCAGAUAAGAACCACGGCAAGGUUAUACCGAUGGAUGGGGAGUUCUUCGUGUACACGCGCCACGAACCGGUCGGAGUGUGCGGACAGAUCAUCCCCUGGAACUUCCCGAUACUGAUGGCGGCUUGGAAGUUUGGACCGGCGCUGGCGACCGGUAAUACCAUCAUCUUGAAACCGGCCGAACAGACCAGCCUGACGGCACUGUACAUGGCACAGCUGACCAAAGAAGCUGGAUUCCCGCCCGGCGUGAUCAACGUUGUGCCCGGGUACGGUGAUGCUGGUGCCGCACUGGUCGAUCAUCCGGAUGUGGACAAGGUGGCAUUUACUGGUUCGACGGAGGUGGGCAAGAAAAUUCAGCAAGGUUCUGGAUUGAGCAAUCUGAAGCGCACCACACUCGAGCUGGGCGGUAAAAGCCCCAACAUCAUCCUGUCCGAUGCGGACAUGAAGCACGCCGUCGAAACGUCUCACUUUGGGCUGUUCUUCAACAUGGGUCAGUGCUGUUGUGCCGGGUCGCGUACCUUCAUUGAGGACAAAAUUUACGACGAGUUCGUUGAGCGUAGUGCCGAGCGGGCGAAGAAGCGUACGGUCGGUAAUCCGUUCGAUUUGACUACCGAGCAUGGCCCUCAGGUUGACCGGGAUCAGUUCGACAAAAUUUUGGGACUAAUCGACACUGGCAAACAGCAGGGAGCACGGUUGGUGGCAGGCGGAGAAAAGGUGCAGGACCUGCCCGGUUACUUCAUCCAGCCGACGGUGUUUGCGGACGUGCAGGACGACAUGACGAUCGCGAAGGAAGAAAUUUUCGGCCCGGUACAGCAGCUGAUCCGCUUCAAAUCGCUCGACGAGGUGAUCGAGCGUGCGAACAAGACCGAUUACGGGUUGGCGGCGGCCAUCUUUUCGAAGGACAUCGACAAGGUGAACUAUCUCGUGCAGGGACUGCGGGCCGGCACGGUUUGGGUGAACACGUACAACGUGCUUUCGGCGCAGGCACCGUUCGGUGGGUACAAAAUGUCGGGCCAUGGUCGCGAGAAUGGCGAGUACGGACUGCAGGCGUACACGGAGGUGAAGAGCGUCAUCACCCGUAUUCCGGUAAAGAAUUCUUAAAUUCGGAUAUCGGCUUAAGGAAAAAGAAACAGAAAUGCACUAACCAAACGCACCAAACGCGCCAUACACGAGUUGCUGUUAAACGGCAGAAAACAAAAAAAAAAACAUUGAAUUUGUUGUUAAACGUAAGAAUAUAAACACAUCACUUUUGUCAAAAAAAAACAAUCCAUGAGUGGACAGUCGGGGUGUGGGUAAUUGUGAAUGUCCUUUUUAGGAAAAUAAACGAAAGCAUGCGAAAGUA